CUUUGUCAGGGAGAUAAAGAAAGAGGGAAAGAGGGAUGGAGGACAGGCGAGCAUGAUCAGGUCAGACCUUUCCAAUGGAAGAGCCAGCCCCGUGUCCGACUCCAGCGUACGGCCGGGCAGAAAAGUCGAGCAAAUCCGUAAGCGGAGGUGUAAAGCGGCGUUCAGCUACGUGCCUCAGCAUGAAGACGAGCUAGAGCUGAAAAUAGGAGACGUCAUUGAGAUUAUAGCAGAGGUAGAGGAGGGCUGGUGGGAGGGCUUUCUAAAUGGGAAGACUGGAAUGUUUCCCUCCAAUUUCACCAAAUUGAUCCUGAAUGAUUCAGAGACGCCCUCGUUAGACACAUCGCAAGAGGAGCUGCGCAGCAACCGCACCAGUAAAGACAGUCCGGGCAGUGAAAGUGAUGGAGGCGACAGUCGGUCAGAAACAGGGUCAGGAGAAAUCCAGCCCAAGAAGGUCCGAGGGUUUGGCUUUGGUGACAUCUUCAAAGAUCAGCCCAUCAAGCUCAGACCACGCUCUAUGGAAGUGGACUCAGAGGUGGACAAGGCCACCGAGGGGAAAGCAGCGAGUGUUGCCACGGAAACCAUGAAGACUGAACCUGAUGGCAAAGCUAAAGGGCGGGAGCUGUGCAAAGUCCUUUUUCCAUAUGAAGCACAAAAUGAAGAUGAGCUGCAACUCAAAGAGGGCGAAAUCAUCACCAUCAUCACCAAGGAGUGUGCUGAUGCAGGCUGGUGGAUGGGGGAGAUCGGAGGACGGCAAGGUGUCUUCCCAGAUAACUUUGUGAAGCUAAUAGAAGUGGAGAAAGAGAGACCAAAGAAACCGCCUCCUCCGAGUGCUCCUUCAGCUAAACACACCACAGAGAGAAAGUCGGAGGUCAAGAAGGUUCCUCCUGAGCGACCUGAACAUCUGCCACAGAGGGACCAGGAUCGAGGUGAGGAGGUGAAGAUUACAGAAAUCCCUAAGCCUUCCCUCCCAACCAUCCUCCCCAAGAAACCCCUACCCCCAAAGACAAGCCCCUCCCCUUCCUCCCAACCCCCACGGCGUCCUGAAAGACCACCGACUCUAGCGUGUGAAAGCCCUAAACCUGAGGGCGGGGCUUCGACACCAGAUUCUGCCCCUGACAGGUCACAUGACAUUGAUGUGGACCUCGACGCGGUGGUAGCGACAACAGAGAAGCUGAGUCAUCCGACGGCGUCACGGCCAAGAGUCACAGACCGCCGACCUCGCUCACAGAUCAUCACACCUUCUUCCCUGUCUAGUAUUGAUCUGGACGCCCCUGCAGUGGCAGACAGGAAGGAUAAAGAUAGAGGGAAAGAGGAGCCAGAGCCUGUUCCCUCCAGACCUGUAGAGGUUUCCCUGAGAAAAGGACUUCCCAUCAUCUCUGCCCCUGACGGUAAAGCACCACUGCCUGCCAAACCCUCUGUCCUAGCCCCGCCAAAUGCCAGCCAUCGCCCUGCAUCCCCGUCUUCCUCCUCGGGUCUGAGCCCCUCCCCCGAGCUCCGGCACUCACCUCUGACGCCCCCAACACUGGAGGAACUCAGGAACCAGCUGAGAGACCUGAGGGCCUCAGUAGAACUUUUGAAGAGCCAGCACAGGCAGGAGAUGAAGCAGCUGACCAAUGCGCUAGAUGACGAGAGGAAGAUUCGCAUUAGUUUACAGAUGGAAGUAGAGCACAUAAAGAAGAGCAUGUCAAAAUGAAGACUAAAGCAUCCUCUUAUCAUCACAUCGGAGGCCAACAUUUGAAAACAUUGUCACUGUUGGCCUGAAACACUUCCGCCAAAACAAAGUUUGUGCCAAAUGAUCAUCACCAUCAAAAUCAGCAACAAUACAGUACCAUGGAAUCAGCCACCUCCCCCCUCUGACGCCGCCUUAUCCUGCGUUUACUUCUUUAUUUUUCUUUCAAAGAGGCUUCUCUUGUUAAGUUUACUGCUAUCUUGUCGAAUGCUUGCUGUGCCACCGGUACUGACUGACCGCGGCCUGUUGCAGUGUGUUGCCACGGUUACGCAACGACGACACAGAGGCUGAGUGCCGUGGCAAUCACGCUGGUACUUUUUGUUUUCUAAAUGUGAAGGAAACUUGGAACUCGACCUUUGUAGCCCGGUUGGUACAGACGACCUCUGUGCUGGUCUGUGUCCACUCUGCGGCCUUUGCCUGUAAGUGUGUGUGUGUGUGUGUGUAUGAGUGUUUUGUUUUCCAUCCUUAUGAGGACUGCAGUUUUAGGCCUUUGAAAUAGGGACAUUUUUGUAAAGUGAGGUUGUUUUUGGCCGAAUCAUGACUUCUCCAACUGGCAAGAUUAAUGUUAGGAUUUUGGUUGAUCAAAGCCUUUACAGUGAGGCACAUUGUUAGCAUUAGGUUUACUUUGUUUGACACACUGAGCUUGAUGUUUCUAUGGUACACUGCAGGCGGGUGGUUUUGAAGCAUCAGCCAUUAACAGCACUGGCAUUUGGACAUAUUUCCCUGACCCAUUUUUCCUCUUGAUACCACGAUUUUUUAAUUUGCAGUCAAAUAUUCCAACUGUUUGGAGGCUAAUAAGCACAUCAUGAUUCUUCCCCCUAAAUCUAACCAACAUGUCAAGUACUGAUACAAUAGGUGCUAUUUAAAGGAAUAGUGGACACUUUGGGAAAUAUUUUAAAAAACAUACUCUAAAGAUAAACACAACCUCAUGUUGUGUCAAUCACGUUUGCACACGCAGUCCGAAACUUUUGUCCGUCAUUAAAAUUUUUGGAACACGUUCAAUUUUCUGCAUGCAAUAAAAGCCAUUAAAAAGUUGUUUGACCAAGAAUCAGUGAAGAAAUGUGGGGGCAGGGCACAUCCGUGACAAGACAAGGAAUGAGUUGCACAGUAUCAUUUCAUAACUUCAGCAGGUCAGAUAGUAAUAUUCAGAUAGGCGAUGAUGACGAGGAGGAAGAUGUGGACUGCUCACUGCCGGAAAAGGGGUGAAAAUUAGCAUGUCCAAGCGGUCACUGCCGAUCAGAGCUGGAGCUGAUAAAUACCUGUGACUGACCAUUCAGAGAGGGUAAUAAGUGAGCCUUAGAGGUGCUGAUAGGUUGAUUUUGUUACCCUUGGACAGAGCCAAGCUAUCUGUUCCUCCUGUUUCCUGUAUUUAUGCUAAGCUAAGCUAAGCUAAGCUAAGUGUCUCCUUCAUACUUAACAUUCAGUCGCAAGAGUGGUAUCAAUCUUCUCAUCCAACUCGUGGCAGGCAAGCACAGAAACAUGUUUCCCAAAAAGUCAACAAUUUCUUUGGUAAAUUCCGAAACUGUCCUGUGAUAUUUGUCUGCAAAUGAAAGGUAUAUGCAAAGAAAAGCACUUGUCACUGCAUGAACACGCCUAUGAUGUUUAUCAAGCCUUCUGGACCAAAACAUUUUCUUUUACUUUUUUUUUUUUUUUUUUUGCUUUUGCACUUUUGCACCACGACUCCAGAAACCUCAAGAAACAGCUGUGCUGGUCGCAUCACCCCCCCCCCCCCACCCCCUAAAAACAAUAAAAACUGAGAUCAAUGUGCAUCUGAUGUUUCUGGUGCUCUUUAGGCAGCAGGUGAAGGGUAACGUUAAGGACAGGGUUGUAAGAAUGUAGUCAGUGAAAGGACCUCACAGAUAACAAUGUGUGUGUGCAUGUCUGUGUGUAUGUGUGGUAGCAUGUACGGCUGUUUGCCUCCCUUCCUUACAUGUGCACAGAAUCUAUGGCAACCCGUCACUGUGGCCUUCCUGUUUUUGACUCCAAAUCUUUCUUUUUCUCUCUCUUUCUUUCUUUCUUUCUUUCUUUCUUUCUUUCUUGCUUUCUUUCUCUCUUUCUUUCUGUCUUUCGUAUGACAACAAGAAAACUGCUACAACUGAGUCUACAGAUUGUUUUCUUGACUUGGUCCUUCCUCUCCAGGAUAGUGAUAAAUAUAUACUUUUAUAUUUCAGUGUAAUAAAGAUGCUAUUAUGUACUG